CACCAUCAGAACAUAAAACAAGACGAAUCAAUGUUGAAUUAAUGGUACGAGUCUUUAAUGGAGGCAGACUGACUUUACUGUCCACCUUUCUGUGACAUAACAGAUUAACCUCUCAGAAAAAAGUACUUCAUAUUUACACUCACGUGUGUAUAUAUAUAUAUGUAUAUAUAUAUAUAUAUGUAUAUAUAUAUAUAUUUGGAGUUAGUAAGUUAAUGAAUCAACCAGACGAAUCGACUUUUGCAUAUUUGAUAAGAGGUUUUUAUUCAGACACACCGACCCCCCCUCCCUGUCCACCUUUCUCUGACGUAAUAAAUCACCGGCUCUGUCUUGGAGAACUCCUCCACACCUUCACCACAGCCCGGACAUUUGGUCACAACAAACCUGCAGAGUGGAAAUGCACGUGGAAACGGCAGUGCAUGAAUGGACUUUAAUGUGUUUCACACACACACAGCCGACGGAGCUGCAGGUACAGACGGACGCCGCCUUCAUUAAUUUAGCAGAUAACCUUUAUAUAAAGCGGCUGCAGACUUAUACUAAAUGAUUGGUCUGCUAUUGUUACACCUUAUCCUUGGCGAAUCACCUAUUGUCCCUGUGAAUAAUUGAGACUAGCGGAUCUUGCCUGUUUUAUUUUUCCCUUGGUCAGCAACUAGCUACUAGUUUUGUCCCCAAGAUCAAUUGCUGUGGUAACACAACUAGAGAGAGAGAGAGAGAGAGAGAGUGGGGGUGUGUGAGAGAGAGAGAGAGGAAGAGAGAUACUGUGCGUUUGUGUUGGGGAGAGAGAGAAAAAGAGACGAGAGAGAGAGAGAGAGAGCGAGAGAGAGAGAGAGAGAAUGAGUGAAAUGUACCAACAAUGGCGACUGUAGGUAUGCUAAACACCUCUGGUUCCUUAUCCGGGAACUACCUCUGCCUCUGCCAUUGGGCCAGUGAGUCACGUGGUAAAAGUAACUUUACAGGGCUGCUCGCAAGUAGGAGGGCUUUAUGGAGCAGAAAAACGACAAAGCUAGAAAAAUUAUUUUCCACUCCAGAAAUUAAUGAUCAUGAGCUCGUAUUUGAUGGAGUCUAACUACAUUGAUCCGAAAUUUCCUCCAUGCGAGGAAUAUUCGCAAAAUAGCUACAUCCCUGAGCAUAGUCCAGAAUAUUACAGCCGCGCGAGGGACUCGGGCUACCAGCAUCACCACCAGGAGUUAUACCCUCCGCGGGCGAGCUACCAAGAGCGCCAAUAUAACUGUGCAAGCAUCCCCGAACCUGACACGCCACGGGGACAUGGAAUACCCCACUCUGCGCACCUGCUGACAGGAAAAGGGCAACCAGCUUCAUGUGAAACCCCACAGUUGUCCAUGUCCCCCGCCACCCCACCGGCCGCAACCUCCGCCUGCAACCAAGCCACCCCGGAGCAUCCAAACAGCACAGCCUCCUCCAAGCAGCCGGUGGUGUACCCGUGGAUGAAGAAAAUUCACGUCAGCACUGUGAACUCUGGUUACAAUGGGACGGAGCCCAAGCGGUCUAGGACAGCAUACACCCGCCAGCAGGUCUUAGAAUUGGAGAAGGAAUUCCACUAUAACCGCUAUUUGACGCGGCGGAGGCGCAUCGAGAUCGCCCACACCCUGGUUCUAUCCGAGCGACAGAUAAAAAUCUGGUUUCAGAACCGCAGGAUGAAAUGGAAAAAGGAUCACAGGCUGCCGAACACCAAAGUCAGAUCCUCCACCUCGUCCUCCGGGUCCAACACAAGCUCAGCAGCCGGGGCUGUCGCCGCUUCCUCGGCCACUAACACUGGGGCCCCCGACGAACUGAGCGGAGCACAGCAUGGCGAGGAUAUUACCAGGUUAUAAACCCAGCAACCACCACUGUGGUUAGGAAAAAAAAAAAAAAAAGAACUGCUUAUUUAUAGAACAAUUAUAUAUUUUGUUUUGGUAGCUAUCGUGCGGUUUCCUUUAAGUCCAAAGUUAUAUAAAAUGCAUGUUAUAUAGCAUGGAUUACUGCGACGACCGAUGGAUUAUUUUUACGUGACACAGGGUUUAAUUUAUUUGAAGUACGACUGAAAUGUUUUUUAUUAAAAAAAAAUGUUUUGAAUGAAGGAGAAAAAAAAGUAGAAAAAAUAUACAUUUUAUCACAAAAAAAAUGUUAUUGUGGGCCAUUCUUUUUGCCCUGCUGCCCAAGGUGAAAUGCACAAUCUAUUUAUUUCAAGCAACACUGGAAGGAAAUCAAUAUAAUAAUAGUUAUUUUUGGUAUAAAAAAAUGGCUGGAACACACCAUUGAUCUUGAACUUGUAUGUUUAGGAUAAGAAUGUGUGAAAUUACCUCGUGUAUUUCAGAGACAGGAAUUUUUUUUUUUUUUUUUUUGGUUUACACUUUAGUUCUGUGGUGUUGAUGUUGUGUUAUAGACCGUUAACGAGCAGAUUAUUGUGAAAUGCAAUAAACGGAGUUAUUAGUGUUCUUGUGCUAAUCAUAUUGGUCAAUAAAAAAACAGUGAGUGUCUACUAGUUUUAUACACGUUUGGUCGAGCUUCAUUUGGAGGCAAAGAUGAGGAUCUCAGACCUUUGUUUGGCUGCGAUGGAGCGAGAAAUCCAGGAAAAGUGUACAGAAUAUUUGGACAAUAUUUUAGGAGCUGGAGGGAAAAAAACAGACAUCACUGUGGUUUCAAACUGUGUUUAUUAAAAAUUCUUGCAGCAGCUCAUUUUGAAUUAGCAAUGUGUACAGGAAUUGUUUGUUUGUGUGUGUGUGUGUGUGUGGGCGUGCGCGAAAAAAAGUGUGUGUUUUCAUGAGAAAACCAUACAGUGAAAGCCUCACUCAUCAUGGACGUCGAGUUAUUUCCCAAAUCUGAAAUAUGUAAUAGUUUUCGCUCUGCAUUAUGUGCAACCUCAUCAGUGUGAAGGGCAUUCAAUUAAAGCUCCUGACGGAGGCCCUCCACUCCACACCCCCACUCCAUCC